UGUCUUGGGUUCCAGGAGACCAGAGCUAACGCCCACCCAGUCCAGGCCCCGCACCGCCGUUUCCCGUCUUUUCCCGGCCGAUUUAGGUUCUUCUCUCCCAAGGUUGCGUCCAGUGGCCUCAGGGCUCCUGCGAGUUUCGGCUCACUAUCGCCCGAGGUAUCAUGGCCCCCAGGCCAGGGGGCGAGUGGAGCUCCGCCCUGUCCCACCUGGCGCUGGGAGCAGUGUCUCUGCAUGCAGCCCUGAGCACUGCCCAGGCAAAUCGAGGGGCCGCUGCUGGCUUCCUGCUCCAGGCCCUGGCUGCUGCCACCAAGCUGGCCCCAGGGCUGGGCACAGAUGAAGACUGUCUUGCUGGCGCCUGGGUGGCCACUGUCAUUGGCCUGCCCCUUCUGGCCUUCGAUUUCCACUGGGUGAAUGGGGACUGCUCCUCUGCAAACCUGCUCCUGGGAGGAGGCAUGGUGUUGGCAGUGGCUGGUGAACACCUUGGCGCUGAGGGCCGCUCUGUGGCUGGUCAGGCGGUGGUGCUGGUGGUCGCAGUGACCAUCCUCAUUGUGGCCGUUUUCACGACCAACACUUACGGGAUGUGGGGGGGGGUGGUGCUGGGCGCUGCAGGCCUCCUGAGCCGGCUGGAGGAGGACAAUCUGCUGCUGCUGCCAAAGGAGGACGUCUGUCGCUGGGCCCUGGCUGGGGGCAGCUGGGCCUGCCACCGGGCCCUGCAUACACAGCACCUGCAGUGGGAGUGA